CUUUACUUGUUGACAUGUUCACUCUCCAGACGAAUUUGGGGUACAGAUAGUCGGCUGCUGCCCCAUUUACAAACAUCACCACUAUACAUAUAUAUAUAUAUAUCAUCUUUGCUCAUGUGUACAUAUAUAUGUUUAUAGAUAUCAGCCAAAUUUGAGUAGCCAGCAUUUCUGAUCUGAUCAGCCACAUUAACGGCAAUGGUAUAGGAGGUGCUAUUGAGACAUGGAAGAAGAUGAUGAUUUGUGGGCUUGAUUCAUCUGAUCUUCAUCAUCAUCAUCGUCAUCAUCAUCAUCAAGGGACUGGGUUCCUGUCAGUAAUAUAUAAUGGGGUUGUUGAUGUCCAGAUACUUGAGCCGGAGUUCCGUGGUGGUUAUGCUGAUGGUGGUACUAACAGCGUCGCUCACGGUGCUGCCGCUGGUGCUGCCGCCACUUCCUCCGCCGCCUCUGACGCUUCUCCUCGUUCCCGUCUUGAUCAUGGCCCUCUUGGUCUUAAUGGCGUUGUAUCCUCCACAGUGAACCUUAAAGUACAGAUACCCAAAACUGUAAUGUAGAAGCGGCUUUUAACUAAUAAACACGAAGGUUGGUGUGGGGAUUGACAAGUGUAAGGAGCCCAACAGACAACCUUUUGGUUGGUUGUGUCAUGUGUGGCCGAGAAAGGGGUAGAUAGAUACCUACCAUAUGCUGGCAGUACUCUUCCCUUCCUCGCCUUCCUCACAUUUCAUGGUGCUUUAGUUAUUGCUUUAUUUACUUGCAUAUUUAACUUUGACACAAGAUUCGUUUGUACGGAUACGUAUCCAUUUGGUUCACAUUUCCCCUGCACGUACACAUACAUACGUUCCAUGCAUCCGUACCUGAC